UUAUCGAAGAUUUACACGCGCGCGAUAUAUGUGCACUUGAAUCGGGCUAAUAUAAUUUAUAUUUGACACUGUUUCCGAUCAUCGACCAAGCAUGUCAUUUUUUGGAGUCAACGUAAAUCCCUUUUCAACGCCAGUGGGCCAAAAAAUUGAGCAAGCUACGGAUGGUGGUUUGCCUAGUGAAAAUUGGGCACUUAAUAUAGAGAUAUGUGAUAUUAUAAAUGAGACAGAAGAUGGACCUAGAGAUGCUAUUAAAGCAAUUAAGCGCAGGCUUAAUCAAGCUGCUGGCAAAAAUUAUACUAUAGUAAUGUAUACGCUUACUGUAUUAGAAACCUGCGUGAAAAAUUGUGGAAAACGUUUUCACGCUCUUGCUUGUUCACGAGAAUUUGUACAAGAAUUGGUUAAGUUAAUUGGACCGAAAAAUGAACCACCAACUGCUGUGCAGGAAAAAAUUUUGAAUCUUGUUCAAACAUGGGCAGAUACAUUCUGUCAUCAACCGCAUACUCAAGGAGUUGUACAAGUCUAUCAGGAAUUAAAAGCAAAAGGCAUACUAUUUCCGAUGACUGAUUUGGAUGCAAUGGCACCUAUCAUUACCCCUCAAAGAAGUGUACCUGAAACAGAACAAAUCUCAGGGAAUUUGCCUGUCAAUGAUCAACAUAUUUCCAACUCUACAGUGAUACAACAACAAUCGCAAUUACAAUCAUGUAGUCAGUUAACUCAAUUGAAUGAGCAACAAUUGGCAAAAUUACAAAGUGAACUGGAUGUUGUGCAAGGCAACAUGCGUGUUUUAUCAGAAAUGUUAACAUAUUUGACAGAUCAAACUUCUACUCAACCACCAGAUUCUGCAGAUCUUGAAUUAUUAACAGAAUUGCAUGCAACAUGUAAAGCAAUGCAAGAACGUGUGGUAGAUUUAAUUGGAAAACUAGCUAAUGAUGAAAUGACAGCUGAAUUAUUACGUAUAAAUGAUGAACUCAAUAACUUGUUCCUGCGUUAUUCAAGAUAUACAAAAAAUAAAGCUGUACCUGCAAGUACUAUAUUAGCUCAAACAAUAGGUCAACCACCAAAUAUUGAUUCGAGUGCAGAGUCAACAAAAAAAGAGGCAGAUUCACUUAUAGAUUUGUCAGAUGAAAUUGAUACUGUACAAAAGCAGGUGGCAGGAAUGGGUAUAUCUGAAACUGAUGAUAAUCUUAGGGUAGAAAAAAAAGAAAAGAAAGGUGGAGAUAAUGAUGAAUUUGAUAUGUUUGCACAGUCCCGCAAUGCGACAUAUGAGACAACAAAAAACAGUGGCAGCAAAUAUGAAGACAAUAUGGAACAGGUGAGCGGAGGAAGUCUAAGUUCAGCAAUUCUCAAUCGUAACAAUCCUAAGUAUUCCCACCAAACUGCUUCUACUACUGCUACUACUACUACUACUACUACUACUACUACUGCUGUUGCUGCUGCUGCUGCUCCUCCUACUACUACUACUCUCAACCGGGAAUCAGAAUUCAGUGAAAUGGCAGCUUGGCUUAGUCAUACGCCUGCUGUACAAGGUGACCAAGAAUCUUUAACAUCAUCAGAGUUUGAACGUUUUUUAGCAGAGCGAGCAGCUGCUGCUGAAGCUCUUCCUACACUUUCAACUACAACAACUCCAUCAAAUACUUCAAAUUCUGGAAAUCCAAAUAUUCAACGUCAAAUUAAUAAAGAUCAAGAUAAAUCUUUAUUUGCUCUGUAAAUGUUGCUAUCAAAUCUCUUUUAAAGCAGGUGAUAAAAGACAACACAACUCUAUACUAAUUAAAGUCUCAAAUGCCUCUACCUGCAUCUGUUAUAUUAAUUUAAUCAAUUAAAUGCAAAAAAAGAAAUAAGAAAUCAGGAAAGAGAGGCAAAAGCAUUAUGCAUUAAGUUUGCUUUUUUUACGUACUUAACAAGUGUAGUACCACGCAGUAUGUAUUGGAAUAUUUUUGUUAUAGAUUCUUACUUAUAAUGGAUAAGUAAUGAUAAAAUAGAAAUCUAAAGAAAAUGUAUGUUAAUUGUGCAACUUCUUUAGUAGAAUGAUAAAAAGUAUUAAUUUUGUCUUAUUUGUAUAUAUAGAAAAUCCUAUAUUUACAAAAUUAUAUUAAAUUUAAAAAGAAAAAAAUAUAAACAGCAAUGCAUAUCCCUUGCACUACCUUAUAUCCAUAAGAAUGCAAUUUUAUGUGAGGUUGCAUUUAUUUUAUUAAUUACUGAAGCGUGGAACAUUAAGUAUCAUAUUUAAUAGAUCAUCUGACAAAUAUUAAUGAAAAUAUUUUUCUAUGUUAAAGUAAAUUACAAAUGCUCUCCUAUUUAAAAUUUUGUAUAGAAUCAUGAAUUAUAACUUGGUAAUCAUUAUAGUUAUUUUGUAUAUUAUUAUAAUGAUUAUUAUUGUUACAUUAGUAAUAUUCUUUAUGCCACUAAUGUCGAUUAGUAACGUUUAUUAUUAAAAUUAUUCUAAAAAUAGAACUUAUGUAUAUUCUACAAAAAGAAUGUAAGAAAAUUCCUCUAAUAUGCAAUAUUAUGUUACAAUCAUAAGGACAACAUGAAUGGUAAUUUUAGUUUUUAAUAUCUUUUCUUUUAUUGCAUGUUAUAUAUUGUUAAAUAUGUGCACAAUAAUAUUAAUUUAUAUAUCAUUUUUAUAUUAAUUUAUAAUAGUCUUUAAUUGUUAUUUGCACAUGUAAACAAACGAAAUGAUAAAAAUUUAUUGCAAAUAUUUUCUUAAUUUUUUUCUCAUAUACAUUCUACGUUUUAUAUACGCAUCUUAUAUAAAAUAAUCGAUACAUAAAUAAUACAAUACAAUUUGAAUAGAGAAUUGUUAUUGUUCCUAAAUAAGAUAUAUCUCUUUAUAAUCUAUCCUCGCUAUUAAAAAAAAAAAAAAAAAGGGAAAAGGCCUAUUAUUAAGUUAUUCGUGGACAAAUAGUUUAUAUAAUUAUUAAAGUUCAUAUAGUAACAUUACAAUGUAAAGUAUGUAUAUGAAUUUUUAUAUGAACAAGCACUUUUAAACAAGUUUAUUUCGUAUUAUCAAAAAAUAUUAACGACAGGUUAAAAUGCAAUAAAUCAAAAAUAUCUUUCUUUA